GAGGGCUCUGCAGCCUGUGGCUGGGGGCCAGUGCGGGUGCAAUGAAGCAGCCUGGGGUGGCAUGAGAGCAGUGAAAGCCCCAUGGCAAGAGAACAGACGCACCACAAGUGUGACAAGAGCUUGUUCCUCAUGCACUGGCAGCACCUUGCUGUGGUGGGUGACAAGCAGCAUGGGCAGGGCUGGGGCCCUGAAUAGAGCCAGGGUGUGCUGACAGCACACGGGUUACCUGUUGAGGGCUGGGUGGGCAUCUCCCAUGCAUUAUGCAACAGCUACCUCAGCCACAGGCUUUCUCUCAAUGCUGGAGGCUUUUUGCUCUUCCCCAGCACUGAAGCACCAAGCUUGCUCUCCUUGUAGGGUGCCAGGCACCGGGAACACCCAUGGCCCAGGCAGCCUGGCUGUGCUGGGCAGCAUGGCACUGAGCACAGGGGUUCUGUGAGGUGCUCCAUGAACGCCUGUCAGUGGGGAAAAUCACAGUCCUGGGCCACUGGAUGGAGGCAACAGGCUCAGUGCCCCACGGCAGCUGCAUCUAGGUGGGAGACAGCCUUCGGUGGGGAGCUGGUUUCUAUGGGGGAACAAAGGAAGGGGCUCACAGGGUCCCAGGCAGCACUUCAGGGCUUUUCUGAGGUUCAGGAGGGCUGUGGCCCUGACCACCCUCUGCCAGCACCCUGCUGCAGACCUGGGGAUGGAUGCUGCUCACUGGUCCAGGUGUGUCAGCUCCCUGUUGCAGCACCAGCUCAGUCAUCGGGUGCUGGAGAGCUGCUGCUGCGCGGCUGGACCAGCCACAAGCCCUCGGCUUCUCAUGGACCUUCUGCUGUGCUGGCAACAACAGUGGGGCAGGAGCUGGGCGGAUGCGUGCCCCGCAGGGAGAUCCCUGCUACCUUCAUCAGCACCCCCUCCUGAGAGGCCAGGUUUGCUUUAAAGACCCUGGCUUCCUUUUAUUGCUUCCCCUCUCAGAUUGCAGCGCCUGCCAGGGCUAUUUUUAGCAGGCUGCCUUCUAAAAAUAGCCCCGGGCUGUUUGGGUUGCGUCAGGAGAGGUAACCCUGCACACCCCAGGAGGGUACAAAAGGAGGCCGGGAGGGAGCAGCAGGGUCAGCAGGUUCAGACGCAGCCAGAGGCGAAGGAGGGAGCAGCAUCCCAGUGCCAGCAGCAUGACCAUCUUCUGCAGCCACUGCCACAGGCCGCUGCAGGCAGAGAUGAGCUGCCUGCCCAGGAGGGGCAAGGAGGUGCCCAGGGCCUCCAAGCCAUUCAGGUCAACCAAGAGUGCCUCCAAGGCUCGCCGGGACCAGAUCAACAUGGAGCUGCAGGCACUGCGCUCCCUACUGCCCAUCUCUGCACGGGAGAAGGAGCGGCUCUCCUACCUCCACACCAUGGCCCUGGUGUGCCUCCAGCUGCGGGGGGCUCAGCUUUUCCCCCCAGGUACCCACAGCACCACUGCACCCCACAUGAGCUUGGCUUUGCGUGGGGCACUGCUCCUGCCCCAUGGCAGUGCUUCACCCUGCGAUCCAUCCCCUGCAGACUGCACUACUCCUGCGGGACCAGCCCUCGGCACGGAGCUGCUCUCCCUGCUCCCAGGAUUCCUGCUGGUGCUCUCAGCCGAUGGCAAGUUGAUCUACAUCUCAGAGAACGUGGCCCAGGUCCUGGGCCUCUCCAUGGUGGAGCUGCUUGCCCAUGGGGACAUGGUCUUUGACAUCCUAGACCAGCAAGCCCACGAGGAUGUGAGCAAGAAGCUCCUCAUUGCCCAGGAGGAGCCAGGCAGGGAAGUCACGUUCGUGUGUGAGAUGCGCACCUCCAAGGCCUUUCAACUGCAGCACGGGGGUAACCGGGCCGUGGUGGUGCACGGGCGCUUCACGGCCCUGCGCUGGCCACCCUCCCGCUCCACCACAGCCUUCCUGGCCCUCUGCAGCCCGGUGAGGGGGCUGGAUGCAGAUGCUGGCUCCCAGGAGGACCUGUUCCAGAGCACACACAGCCUCGACAUGACAUUUACCGAUGCCACGGAGAGUGUCACCUACCACCUGGGCUACCACAGGGAGGAACUGAUGGGUCAGUCGUGGUACAGCCUCCUGCACCCCGAGGAUGCUGACCUGGCAGCCUCCCAGCACAGGGCCGUGGGUGAGUGUCAGGCUUGGGAACACAUGUAUUUUCCUGUGGCUGCACCCAAAACGUGGCUGUCCAGGACAACAGAAAUAGAGGUGACUUAGUCCUGCAUGCUGUCGCUUCCUGCUCCAAAAAGGAUGAAGCAGAGAAUCACUUACAUGCCCCAUACACUGCCUGUAAGGUCACACGUAGCUUUCAGGCUUGGGAACACAGGCUCCCUGCUUUGCUUGAGCCCCAGCUGAAAAGGCAGUGCAGGACUGGCACAGACGUGGCUCUGUACUAGCACUGCCCCUGCCCGCCGUGCCUGGCUCAGGCUAACGCAUCUCCUCGCCCGCAGCGCUCGGGGCCGGCGCCGCGGCAGCUCCCGCCGUGCUGCGCGUCCUGCACAGGGACCGCACCUGGGCCUGGCUCCACGUGUCAGCGCGGAGGGACGGCCCGGGCCGCUCCAUCACUUGCACCGCUC